AUUAAAAAUAACAACUUUUUUUUUUAAUUUUAAUUAUUGAUUCGAUAAAAAUCUAGUAGGAAAAAUUUCUGUGGAGUUAAUAUAAAAUGCAAUCCAAAUCAAAUUCCGAAUCUCAAAUUUAUUAGAUCAAUCCACUAAGCGGGGUCGGUUUAACAACAAUGCACUAAACUCGCCCAAGGAAAAGAUUAUUUGGAUGCUUUCCUUCUUCCCUGUGCUUGUUUCUCUCUUUCUUCAUGUCAGAAUCGCAGAAAAAUAUUCUGUUCGAUCGAUAUAAAAGGUAUAUAUAACCAGAGCAAACUGAGACACAACUAACGUUUGAGCCGCUCUUUGUAAGUACACACUUCAAUCUCUCUGCCAAAACAUGACUCAGACAGACAGCAAAUGUGAGCAUAUCACCGUUCACACUGUUACUCAGACUUCUCCAUGUCCUAUACUCUCAUGUGUAGAGAAAGCACCUAAAUAUGCUCAUGUUUCACUUAUACCAGUUGCUGAUUCAGAUCAAAGCUCAUGCAAUCAACCAUCAGCAUCCGGGGUCUUGCAAGAUGUACACAUAUCGCCACUGUUGAUGGAGGAUUUUCUUGAACUUGCUAGAGAAAACACAGAGAAGGAUCUUGAAACAUGUGGGGUUCUUGGUGCUUUCCUUGAGCAUGGAACCUAUUACGUCACCACUCUAAUAAUACCAAAACAAGAUUCAACUUCCUCUUCUUGCGAGGCUUUAAAAGAGGAAGAGUUUUUUGCCAUACAGAAUGAACGUUCUCUUUUUCCUGUUGGGUGGAUUCAUACACAUCCUUCUCAAAGCUGUUUCAUGUCAUCAAUUGACCUACAUACUCACUUUUCAUAUCAGGCAAUGGUACCUGAGGCAUUUGCCAUUGUCAUGGCUCCAACUGAUCAGUCAAGGAGCUAUGGAAUAUUCAGGUUAUCUGACCCAGGUGGGAUGAGUGUUCUGAAAGAGUGUGAAGAGUCAGGGUUUCAUCCUCAUGGAGAACCGGCAGAUGGGAGCCCCAUUUACGAGCACUGCGCCAAUGUAUUCACAAAUACUAAUCUGAGGUUUGAAAUCUUUGACUUACGCUGAUCUAUCUUAUUGGUCUCCAACUGCAUGUGCAUGUCGGCACAGAUCCAGGGUUCAAGUUAACACUAAUAUGACCCUAGCCACUACUUGCAGCAAAUAUGGGUUGAGGUAUUGAGACAUGAUACCGGGGAAUGCAGAUAUAUAUAUGAAUUGAAUCAGCGCUUUCCUUUUUAAGUAUAUGUAGAUGUUAAUGUUUGUGGUUUCUGGCUGUCAUAAUAAUGAGUUCAUGACUGUUCAUGAAGUCAAGAGAUGAAUGCUUCCUCUUUAAUAUGUGUAUCUUGAUCAGAUUAUGCCCAGUGUUUUCCUGAUUUUAUUGACCUGCAGAAUAUGAACAUAUAUUUUUUACUGGA